AACCCCACCCGCUUCCCUUGUUUGUUGGGUCCUCACAGGGAACGCAUCGCAGCCGCAGUCGCAGCAGCAGCGUCAGCAACAGCAGCAGCAGCAGCGAGGAGCUUGCUUUGCCUGGAGAGGAGGAGGAGGAGGAAGAGGAAGCAGAACAGAGCAGAGGAGGGGGAAGAAGAGGGAGAGAGGAGGAGGGAAGAGGACAGCACCAGCCACGCCGGGCUUGGCAUUGAUCAAACACACCCCCCCCCCCUCUCUCUCUCUCUCUCUCUCUCUCUCUUUCCUCCCCUCCCCUCGGGGUAUUAUUAUUAUUGUCUACGGCGCAGGGGGCCACUGCAACUGGAAAAAAAAUACACAGAGUGCAACGGAAGGAAGGAUGGAAGCCAGCCAAGUGGGAGGAGGAGCUUCGACGACACACACAGCGAGAGAGAGAGAGAGACAUAGAGAGAGCGAGGCAGAGAGAGUUGAGAGUUUAGGACGUUGAGCUGAUUCUGGAAAGUGAGCGAAACGAGCAAAUGUGAUGGUGGUGGAGUGGAGGGAGAGCAGGGAAGGGAAGUGUUGACUGGUGACUACUGGGAGAUGUUGGUCUUCGUGGAGGUGGUGCGUGGAAUGGGGGGCCGGAUGAUGUGAUUCGGUUCGUUACAUAUCUAGGAAGGAGGAUUUGGUGGCGUUGUCUUCUGUCUGCUGUGUGUGUGUGUCGGGGCGACGACGCCCAGGACAGGGAGGGACGGAGGGUGGUCCAGAUGGAGGGCAAACCAGGCCGAUUUCCGGUAUCGCGCGUAUUUUGGGACCAAGUUUGUUUUUGGGCGGGUUGGGAGGGAAGGCCGUGGGAUCGGCGGCGUGAUUCGGGGCGCUUGGUACAGGAGAGCGGCUAGAUUGUGGAGCGGGCGGCGAGCAGGAGUUCAGGGGAGUGUUGAAUUGGGGCGCCAGGGCGCGAAGAGCCACGAGAGCUCGACAUGCUGCUGCUGCUGCUGCUGUUGCAAGUGCGGGGUGAUUGCGUUGUGAGGAGGUGCUUCCACGGUGGUAAGGCCGGGGAGGGAGGGGGUUCGUGGAGGUGCAGUGGGGUUGCAGGGGUUUGAAGAUUUUGGGCACCGUUUUUCGGAGGCGGAGGAGAUUUGGAGUGGGUGGGGUGGACUCGGGAGGUCGGGCACGUGGAAUAUGGGUGGGUGGUCAGAGCGCGGUCUGACGGAUUUCAGAGACGGAGCUUAGAAGGGCGAGGUGGUUGCGUGCAUGAGGGCUCGCUCGGGGAGACGUCGAGGGCGAGUUGUUGGGGCAAGUCCAGUAAUGUUGGUGGAACGGGCAUGAAGGAUGGCAACGUUGGGCGCACCGUUUGCUGCUCGGCACGGUAGGGGGUAUGCGUAUCUGCGGAGGAGAGAUCCGGUGCGGAGGUGUGGGUGAGAAGGGGCGUGGCUGAGUGAAUUUGGAUAUUUGGGGCUGCAUGCGCAGCGACACUCUUCAAGAAGCUCUCGGUUGAGCCUGAGAUGAGGAUAUUUGGCAUUUGGACGGGCAAUGAAUUGACUGGCGGUGGAGACUUUGGAGCAUCUCAUUUGUGACUACUGUCAUCAGAGUGAAGAUUCCAAGGCGAGGGAGGGCGGAGAAGGUGUUACAGUAUGCAUGCGUGUGAGAGCUAAUGUAGUAGGAAUGACGAUGAAAGAUGAAGACUAUGUAUUGGAUUGGAAGCAUCGCCAGCCCAAAGGCGAAGAAUUGACUCCCUCAUCAAAGUCAUUGAAAUCUUCUGCUAUGGUAUCGUGCUUCAGCAUACAGCCCGUGUCAUCCAAGUCCACGGCCGACCUGAGUCGAGAAUCCCAUGCUAGCUUUCUUGAUCUGCAGGUUCAGAGAUCUACUCCCAUGUCGUUCAACCCGUUCCCACCGUUCAAAGAGCUUAAAAAUGCAGGGGUGUAUGGGUGUCUAGCUGAGGCUGGAGAUGACAGAGAUGGUAGAGGUGUCGGUCAAUUUGAUAAGAGAGGCAAGAGCAUUACCGCAGACUUCACUGCCGAAGGGCGUGGCGACGCGAGAGGAGACGGGAGAGGGACCGCAGAACCCGAGGUUGAAGUAGGACUAGGACUAGGACUAGGAAGCGGUGGCAGCUGCAGUAACAGAGAGUGCGAUCGAGUGACGGUUGCUGAGAGGCAGAGGUCAGGUUCACAUGGCGGAGGAAGUUUCUCGCAAGGGCACCCGAUGUCGGGAGUUUUCAGAGGUGGGAGCGAUGGGGCGACUUACAACCCGAGUGAGGGGAGGUCGGAGCAGAGUUCGGGGCUUCCAUUCAUGAAGAACGGGUUGCAAGGGUAUGGGUCGGGGUAUGAAAGGAGACCGGAGAGCUCGUCGUACGGGGGAAGGGGGGACGAUAGCAGCAAAGGCGGGGGAUCUGCGAAGAAUGCAAGGAAGCUGGCGGAUUCGGACUUCGAGGACACGGACUCGGGAGGGGGUCCGGUGAACAGCAACGAGGAGGCGAACGCACGGACGUUGAAGAGGCCUCGGCUGGUGUGGACUCCGCAGUUGCACAAGCGGUUCGUGGAUGCGGUGGGUCACUUGGGGAUCAAGAACGCAGUGCCGAAGACGAUCAUGCAGCUGAUGAACGUGGAAGGGUUGACGCGGGAGAACGUGGCGUCGCACUUGCAGAAGUAUCGGCUGUAUCUGAAGAGGAUGCAGGGGCUGCCGUCGGACGGGCCAAUGGCGAACGAUCAGCUGUUCGCGUCGACUUCGCUGCCUUCGAACUUGGGGAUGCAAUACAUGACGAACCAGAGGGAGGAAGUGGGUCCGGCGUCGUAUCCAGCGGUGGGGGUGGCGAUGCCAUUCCCAGGCGGGGGGGUAGGGCCUCUGGGGACGGCACAGUUUGGUGGGUACGAGCAGAUGUCAUACGAUGGAGUGAACAGGAGGUUUGUGCAACGGCCGGCGACGAAGGACCGAACGGAGCACAUAUCGGAGAGCGAGAACGGGAACCACGCGAGCCCGCAGAGCCAGAACGCUCACAGCUACGUGGAGAACCGAGCGGGUUCACCUCCGAGGCGGCUGCUGUCGCUGUUUCCGACGAGCUCGGGGUGAGGCAGUGGCGGCGCGAGAGGAGAGAGAGGAUGGAGAAAGGAGAUUUUUGUCGAUGGUGGGGUGUUGUCGAUCAUCUCCCAAGGUACGGAAGAAGCGGCAAGCUUGUUCGUACGUGUGGAGGCUCCGUUGGAAGAGCAAAGCGAGGGAAAAGGUCGCGUGGGAUGGUGCGAAUGAUGCGAACCUGGUUGCCCAAACGAUGUCGAGAGAGAGAGCGAAGCAUUGGGGCAUGGGGAUGAAGGAGAGGUGUGAAGGUUCACGCUGCAUGCUGGAGGCAGCGCAGGUGGGGUGUGGAAGAGAGAGCGAGCGGCUGCAGGAUUGGACAAGCUUUGGAUCCAACAGUGAUCUUGUAUAGGUGUGCUGGACGACUUACAGAUAGUUGUGUUUCUGCUUCGAGAAACGAAUGGCCAACUGGUUUGUAGGGUUAUCCGUGUGCUCAUAGAUUCUGAAAUUGCUUAUCUUCCCGUUCGUCUGAGUAGGAGCCGGUUGUUCAGUGUAGUGGAUUGGGUUAGUUGAGACUGGCAUGUUCGUCCUUCUCAUCCUUCUGAUGCCAGAAUGGUCUUGUGGGGGCUGAGUUGCGGUGAAUUUGGUGGAUGGCUUUAUUCCAGAAUGCUUACGAUGUUGGAGCACUGCAUUAUCUGCAUCAUAGUGGUCGUAGUUAGUGCAUCAAACUCUUGUACAAUGAUGGAUGCCAGUAUUUCCUAUGUGGCAUCUGCUUCAAACGAUGAUCAAACCAGAACCACAUUGUGGAA